UAUUGUGACAUACAUACAUACAAAACGCAUCACAAUCAUAUAAAAAAAACAAAUAACCCAGAAUAUAAUAGUAUGUAAGUCUACAAAAGUUAAGCAAUGGUUUUUACUUUUAUUACGGCAUAAGUAGGUAUAGGAAAGUGAAAUAAAUAAGGAGAAAAUGAUACGUAUAUGAUUUAUUAUUGCAACAAUUUUUGCGGGACACAAGCAGAAAUAAUUUUCAAAACAAACGGAGCGAGGUUAAAAUGCAUUAACACUUGCAUAAGUUGUUGAACGAGCCUAGUAUACCAUUUAUAUCCGUCGCGGCCGAAGUGCAAUUUGAUUCUUUAAAGUUGGCUUAUGUAUUAAAUAAUUUAAUGUAACGGAUAAAGCCUCAUAAUUGCAAAUGACCUGAAUCAGAACGAAGAAUGCAUAUUUGGAUAGGCUCCAUCACAACCACAUAUUUUAUCAUAUGGUAGAUGGUACAGUACAGUACUAACGACGACGGUGUGUGUGUAGUGUGUUAUGGUUUUCCCGGUAUAAUUUUAUUACGUGAUUCAUUAUUAUUUAAAGCUUAAAUACUAUAUUCUUGUGUAUCGCAAUGCACGAAUACAAUAAACCAAAAAUAUUGCAGUGCAAGCACUCGUGAUUAUAGCAUUUGUUUAACCUUCGCACACCAUAGCCUCAAAAAAAUGGAUUUACUGUAUACUGUAAAUAGGAAAGUGGCAUCAAAACCUUUUAUGAAUCAAGAAAGUAAUCAACUUUUUAGCUUGUACGAAGGACAAUCUUUAUGUUCAUUAUCUAGUAGAAAUAUAGCGGCAUUUAUUACAACCACAGAAUUAGAUGAUAAUAGUGGAAAGACAUGGGGGUCUCAUGUUUAUGUUUGCGAUUUAAAUAUGCCUUGGCAUACUCACAAGAUAUUAUCAAACAAGAACACUAUCACUGCAUUAGAAUGGGAUUUAUCAGGUGAUAAAUUAGUUAUUGCAGAUUGUACUGGAAAUGUACAAUUGUGGAUGUUUAAAGAUCAUGUUCUCAAUGAUUGGGUAUUAAUUGGUUCUACUUGUUUCAUUGGUGAACAUAUAUUAGGUGCAGCUUGGUUCCAUAAUGGGAAAAAGACAGGGCUUGUAACAGAGAAAAAAGAUAAUAUUCACUAUAGUGAGAAAUUUAAUCACUUGCCUUUUGCUCCUUCUGUAAGACAAUUUGGUGGUAGAGCAGCUGAGGGAGUAUUGCUAGUAUCUACAACAGGCAUGGUUGGUGCAGUUAUGAUCACAAAAGAUUUUCAAAAUCCUGUUUGUUCGUCAACAGAAAGUUUAGGCAGUACAAGACAUAGAAUAACUGCAGUUGACCUAUGUUAUGGAAAAAAUGGCCACAUUUUGGUAGCUGUAAGCAGUGGAAAUAUUUGUUUACCAAUUAGAUGUUACAGAGUAUUAGUUCGUAAAAAUGAUGAUAAAUGUACUAUUACAUCUCAAGCCCUCCCAAGUUUCUUUCUCCAAGAUGGUGCACCCAAAGAUAAUACAUAUACAAGUGUGACACACUUAAAGUUUGUAGUCCGGGAAGAUGCAGACUCUUUGGUUAUUGCUGUUAAUAGUGAAAGUGGAGGUAUUGUAGAAGUAUGGGAAUUGCGAGAAAAAUCACAACCAGUUCAUAAAUUAUUUCAACCUAAAACAUUAGAACCAUUCAAAACUGUAGUGGUAUGGCAACAUCAAUCACAAUAUCGUUGUCAAUCUCCAAUAACAGCAAUAGCAACUACAAAAUUGUCUAUAGUUACCACAUUGCCUCCUCCGAGUUACGUAGUAGUAGCAUUGGCGGAUUCUUCAGUGCAUUGUUUAAGUCGCGAUUGCCUAAAAGAAAUAUCUUUUUCAUCUUUGAAUAUGGCUUGGCGACCCGACGAACCGAAUAAUAAGUAUUUUAAGAGUACAAUCUCUAUAACAAGUAUAGAUUUGUCCUGGCUAGGUUGUGUACUUUUGGCUUGUGAUACACGCGGAAAUUUAUAUUUGUAUAAAUUACUACCCGAUGGAGGACCAUCAAUGACAUUGACUUAUGCUUGUACACUCUUAGAGUACUGUCUAGUAACAGGACUGGACUGGUUGGAUAUACUUUUAUGUUUAAGAUCUUCAAUGCUUGAGCCAUUGUGUGAAAGACUGGAUGUUUCUUUCAAUAGGCAAUUGCAGCCCAUACAGCAGUAUCAUUACAUUCAAUUUCUUUGCAUUAAAACAUCAUUAUACAGAAUGUUAGUAUCGGGUCAGACUAAGGCAGCAGAUUUGUCAUCAUUACUUAUGAUACAUUCGGUAGCAACAGCUUUUAAAUCAUUAUUACGACCAUCAGAUUUAAUUUCUCAUGAUAAGGGACCAGCAGAGAGUUUGGCAACCGUGAUUAAUGAUGCAAUUACUGAUGUAGAUAAGGUACUUUUACACCUUGAUCCCAAAGAAUUUACCGUAGAGCCAAGUACACUUCAGUCAUUGCAACAAUUAAUUCAGUGGGUAGCAGACUUAGCAUUGAAUCUCUUAGCUCGUCUUCCGGAACAACGGCUACAAAUGAAAUCUGGCGGUUACGAACUUCUAAGGGACCAUAAGGCCUUAAAUACGUUGAGAGAAUUGCUAGUAAUUAUACGUAUAUGGGGUUUAUUGCGUCCUUCGUGUCUACCAGUAUUUCUCCGUAGUGCCGAUAAUCUCGAUGCAUUGGCUCUAUUAUUUCGUUUAUUGUCGAGAUUAGUUCAACCGAAUGGAGAUAGUCAAUCUCAGCAGAUAGAUGAUGGGCUAAUUGAUGACUGUUGUUUGUUACCUAAUCAAAUUAUGAUACCUCAAUUACACCAGGGCAAUAGUAUAACAGCCAUAGCUACUCCUAUGCUUUUUUAUCAAAAUUUUCCCUUGCAGAUGGAAUAUGGCGUAGAAUCGGAACAAUUAUUAUUUGUACCCGAACUUAAUUCAGUUGAAGGUUGUAUGCAUAGUGGGCAGAUUGUAGAUGGUAUCCGACACUUGUACCUUGGAAAACAACCGCUUCUGGUUAAGCAGUGUACAAGGUGCGGGGGAAAAGCUCAGGUCCAAAAUAUGACGAGAACAGCAGCAAUCAGAGCAUGGGAUCAAAGGUGGGCAAGGGCUUGUCGUUGUGGUGGUAUUUGGCGAAUUCAUAAAACUUGUCCAUGAACGUGUAAUUAGAUGGAAGUUUAUAAUGCGAUUAAUAAAAUUUAUAAUACAAUGAUUAUACUUGCGAUUUUGUACAUUAUGCA